UGAUUGUAACACGGCCAUGAUGAAUUAUGUAUUUUCAGCAUGACAGACGAGAUCAUUCAGAAGUAUGCUUUGAAAGGAAGGGUGCCAUCGGCCUUCAUUCUAUAUAACAAUGAAACCAUAGCCAAUCUAAAAGAUGCUGGUACCUUAAUAACAAAUCAGACGAAGAGGGACAUUGGUGAGCAAUGGAAAAACCUGUCGAACGAACACAGGCAAAAGUACAAAGAUUUGGCUGAGUUGGCCAAAGAGGAACUCACCAAGCAUAAAGCUGUACUUCUGCCAAAACCCAAAAAAAAAAAGAUACAGAACCGUAUUUCCUUAAAGUCCAUCGUUCGAAUAGUACAAAAGUUAAGCCCAGAUCAACGUCGUGCUAUUCAGCUUAUUGGGUUGGGUGGAAUAUUAGAAUUGAGGUGUACGGCUCUUAACCAUCCGCUAUGUAAUUGGUUGGUGCAUAAAUUUGAUCCUGUUUCUCGUUCACUUACUGUUCAUGGGCAGACAUUCCUUCUCACUGAUUCCCAUGUUCAUGAGUGCUUGGGCAUUAAUGCACAAGGCAACCUUAUUGAGUUGGAGGGAAAUACGUCGGUAGAAUUUUCAGAAGUUUAUAAAAACCUUGGAAUGACGAAUGGGGUAGUCCAACUGAAAGAGUUGAGAGAGUACUUGGAGAAAACGGAGGAAGUAGAUGAUGUUUUCAAGAGGAAAUUUGCCUUGUACAUCUUGGGAUGUUUUUUAUGCCCAACCACAAAGUCGGGUGUUACUCGAUCCCUUAUUAAUGUUGUUAGUGAUGUUGCGGCAAUGGCCAAUCAGAAUUGGGCGAACCUGACCCUAGACUUCUUAUGCAAGGGUAUACUAGACCAACGCAAUAAGGAUCAUGCACAACCAAGCGGGUGCCUAUUCCUCCUGGUGGUUUUCUACUUGGAUCGUGUCUCUCCAAGGCCUAUAGUUAUGCCUUAUGUUCGAAAAUUCCCUUCUUUGCUUGCUUGGGGUGAUUCUGAAAUUAAGAGUGUCUUGCAUCGGUUUGACCAAAUUGGAGGUUAUGACAGGGAGGGGGUGGUGGUUCAUUUUACACUAGAGGAAAAAACAAGUGGCAAUGAAGGCGGUGUGUCCCAAAUUUCAACUGGAGAUGUAACUGUGAUGACAAAUACUCUUGCAACUAUAGCAGGUCUUUUGUUGCGUCAAAAUAUAUUAAUGGCGAAGCACUUUGGCUCUGAAACGCCUUCUAAGCUACAACCACAAAUGGGUCAAGAAAUGGACCUAAACAAUGUCCACCUUCAGGGAGAAUUCUCUGCCCUCCUCGCGGGAGUACAUGCAUGUCAAACUUCAACACCGAACUUGUUUCAAACCCCUGAUCUUGCACUCAACCAAUCAUCCAAGGCUGUCUCAACAAAUCCAUGGCUGGCCAGCCAUGUUAGCGCUGAAACACCUUCUAAGCUGGAACCACAAACAGCUCAAGAAAUGGACCCGAACCAUGUCCACCUUGAAGGAGUAUCUUCUCCCCUCCUCACGCAAGUGCAUACAUGUCAAAGUUCAAGUCCGAACUUGUUUGAAACCCUUGAUCAUGGCUCUGAAAUGCCGUCUCAGCUGCAACCACAAACGACUCAAGAAAUGGACUUGAACCAAGUCCACCAUUCAGGAGAAUCCUCUCCCCAAUUAAUGGGAGUACACAAAAGUGAAACCUCAAUACCCAACCAGUUUAAAACUCCCGAUCCCAACCAGUUUGAUCAAUAUAACAUGGGGAUUGACACUCGAAAGAGGAGGAUACAAUUUGAGGUGGAUGAGAUCCUAGUUUUACCUUCAGCAGUAUCAGACUUUAAGUCAUGCGGUGGUUUGAGUAGAGGUACCGACACUCGAAAGAGGAAGAUACAACAGGACAUGGAUGUGGCUGUAUGUUCACCUUCACCGGUAAAGGGCUUUAAGUCGCGUGGUGGUUUGAGUAGAGGUAGGAAAAAAAAGUUGCUGAAUGCCAACUAUGUCCCGUCUUUCUGUGUUAAUGAUAAUGUGGAAGUGUAUGAUGAACCACCGCGGUUGCGACAGCCUAAUGAGUUGAAGAAAAGCCAAUUCCAACGUUCCCCCUUUACGAAGGAUGGUCUUAAAAAGAGGAACCCUCCUAACAAACAAGCACAAACUCAGUCAACGAUUAUUGCGGACCAACAUCAAAUUGUGGACAACCUGGAUGUCAACGUUCCCACUUUUUGUGGACGCUAUGGAAAAUUCAAGUCUUUGCAGUUUGCUGGUGUGCAACAGUUGAAUCUACAAACCAAGCCGUAUAUUCGAGAAACACCUGAUUAUGCAAGGAAGUCAACCUCGGUACCCUUAAAUGACCUUGAAAAGUUGUUCGCGGCAUUCAUCUUUGAUCCUUGCGAUCCAUUUACUGAGGAUUCUUACGUGCAUUUGAAAUUGUUUUCCACCGAAAGAUUUUUUGCAACCCGGUCUGAAUUGUGCAGCUUGAAACCCGGAGUAUGGAUACUAGACACGAUUCUAAAUUUGGUAGCCGUGCAAAUGACAAAUGCGGAAAGGUUGCUCUAUCCAGACAAGCGCCACUUCAUGUGGUAUUUGCCGGUUACUGUAUCAAGGCAGAUAUUAGACAAUCCCAACCUCAAUGAUUGUGAUUUGAAGAAGUUAUGCGGUAGCUACUUUGGAGAUACAAAUUUUACUGCUGAUCUUAGCUCAUGCUCUAUGAUAUACAUACCAACAAAUGAUCGUGGGAACCACUGGUUUUGCAUCAAAAUAGACAUGGGCAUCCAUAUGGUUUAUAUUUUUGAUUCAAAGCCCGCUACUCGAUCCAAUUUGUUUCGUAAGAAACUGACACAACGAGUGCUGGAGGGAUUACAUCGCGCGUUGCUCUUCCAAUAUGGAGAGCUCUAUCAGGUUGAUGUCACGAAGUUUAACAUUGCUAAUGUUGAAAAGCAACCCUUGCAGCAUGAGGAGGACGGGUAUGAUUGUGGGCUAUUUGUUAUAAAAUUCAUGCAAGGGUUCAAUUUCCCAUCCGGUGUACACAAGAUGGACAAUAUUGAAAGGCCAAGGUUGUUAUUGGAAUUGUGUGGUGACAAGAAUAAUCGGGAUGCCUUGGAGGUUUUAAAAAAAUUUGAGGCAUGGAAGGCAGAAAGAGAGGUUUUGGCAGUUCAUAGGAAGGGAAGUUCAGGGGGUGGUCAUGGAAGUGUGUUAAUGGAGUAUGAGUUUUUCCCGGCUAGGAAAAGUGGGUGCAAAGGAGCUACUAGCACUUGUUCCAAGGCUGUGGAAUUUGGGUUAUUACCACCAGAAGAAGAUUCAGUUGUAGUUAGAGUAAUGGAUGGUGGUGAUUAUGAUGAUCAAGAGGGUUCUUGCAGAAUGGUGUUGCUAAUGGAGUGA